AGUUUAGAAAACUGCACGUAUACAACUGUAAUCUUGAAGUUUUUUUAUUCCACAUUGUUUUAAGCAUUUGUUUGACUCUGGAAACAAGAUACACAUUGUUUGUGCCGCGUAUUCUUACAUGGACGAGCUUCGAUAAUGCUCGAAAAAUUCGACCUAUAUUGAAUUACUCUCGUAGUAAUCAGUAUGUUUGUCAACAAAACAUUGGCGUUAUCGCGUUUGCAUUUGGUGCCUUAUUACGUUUAUUUCUAGAAGACUUCUUAUCAUAGCGAGUCCCACGUCGAACCACGUCGCAAGUUCGAUGAAAGAAGCUUUGAUGAUUCGAUAGCCGCAUCAACAUUAUGAAAGAAUACAGAAGAUAUUCGUAACGAUGAUUAGGGGUCCAAAGUGAGAGGGUAAUAGGAUUAGAGUAAAAAGUAUAAUUUUGUAAUGUAUACAGCCAUAGAAUGCAUUAUAAUUUCUAUUGGGCGACUAGAACCUUCGAAUCGGUAUCAUUAAAUUUGAGGUUAAAUGGAGUCGUAUAAUCUGUCGAAUGGUAUCAGGGUUGGUGUAUCGAUAUGCUCUAAUUGGCUCUAAUUAUCGGAUGCUAAUUGGACCUCGUAUACGAAAAUGUGUGACAUUGUGCACGUUCGUGCGAUUGUGAAGACAGAUGUGUUUAUUUACGUCCCAAGUAUCCACGUUACGUGUACCGUGACACGUUGUAGCCACAGAGUACUAUAAGGAAAUCAUCGAAAAGAGGACCUGUGAUUUCCAAGGUUACGUGGAUCUCCACUUGACGACGGAGGACAAGGUUGCGUUCGAAGACUCGGGGAAUCCUAAAUGGAGGCCUUGUUUCUCGCAUUGAACUCUACAGUGGUUUCACGCCACGCCCACGCACACUUUUUGUAAUAUCAAAUGGAUCACGAGCUUUUCUGGUCGAAAAGGAUAUGGUAUGCGUGAGUCGACGAUUGCGGACCGUUGCUCCCGCGUUCCUUGAGUCAACGUACGGGGAUUGAGAAGUCUGGUAGUGACUGUUUUUGUGAAGCAUCGCGCCACAUUCACUCGCAAACCUUACGACGUAAGAAAUGAAGUUUCCACGUUACACGAAAAACGUCAAGAAUCUGUUGCCCCAACAACGAUUGUUUUACGAAGAGAAUGGAUAUUUGGUGUUCCGUCGUCUGGUACCCCAGGACGUACUCGACGAAUGUCAUCAGAGGUUCGACGACAUUGUAGCUGGCAAGGUUCCACGUGACGGAAUAACGGUGAUGUACGACGUGAAGGACAGAAAAUCGGUCAACAAAGUACAGGACAUAAGCUGUGACGAAGUCUUCCGCAAGUACAUCGCUCACAAAACCGUUCUCGACAUAGUGGAGGGAUUCACUGGACCGAACAUCAUGGCUAUGCACAGCAUGCUGAUCGCCAAACCUCCUGACGUCGGAUACGGUUCUUCCAAGCAUCCGCCCCACCAGGACUUGUAUUACUUCCCGUUCCGGCCAGCAGACCUGAUAGUGGCAUCAUGGACAGCUAUGGAGCCGUGCACCCGCGAAAAUGGAUGUCUUUUCGUGGCUCCUGGCACGCAUGCACACGAUCGUUUGUACGAUCACGACUACCCACCGGGAACGGAGCCAGGCUCCUUCAACAAAUUCUACCACGGCAUCCUGGAUCUGCCCGAAUCGAUGAAAUGGGUAUACCUUGAGAUGGAACCAGGCGACACGGUAUUCUUUCAUCCUCUGUUAAUUCACGGAUCGGGCAUUAACAUGUCGAAGAACACGAGACGAGCUAUCUCUUGCCACUAUGCAGCAGCCGAGUGUCGUUAUCUGGACGAAAGCGAGAUGACCCCAUCGAAAGUCGCAGAAGAGGUUCUGGAUUACUUAAAAAAACGUUUUCCCAACGUGGAGGUCAAGUACGCGGAUAUAUGGCGUUUCCGAGCGUCCCUUGUACGCGGAAUUCAAUCAUCCUUAUAAAAAACGCUGUACGGUAAAUUUGAUUUGUAUUUCAAGGUGGGUGUACGUGUGAAUAAUAAUAUAGCGAUAUUAAGGCGUGA